GACGCAUCUCCCAAAAAGUAAUUUCUCAUAGGCCAUAAUAAUUAAUCUCCCUUCACUUUCAGUUUCCCUCCCUCCACACCUAUUCGCUCGCUCACUACUGGAUUUGUCUUUGUUUCUGUGAACCAUUUGAAUCAAAGUUAACUCUCAAGUGCUAUCUCUUAAACCGAAAAUAGUCGAAACGGAAGGAAAGUCUGCUGUUGUAGGCUUUGUUUCAAUGGACGCCCCAACACUGAAUUCCGAACGCAGGCAAUUUUCAAUUAAACUAUGGCCACCUAGCCUAAACACAAGGCAAAUGCUUGUGGAGCGGAUGACAAACAAUCUUACCACAAAAUCCAUAUUCACACAGAAGUAUGGUAUUCUGAGCAAGGAAGAGGCUGAGGAGAAUGCAAAACGAAUUGAGGAUAUGGCUUUUACCACUGCAAACAAAAACUAUGAUGAGGAGCCAGAUGGUGAUGGUGGUACAGCAGUUCAGCUUUAUGCCAAGGAAUGUAGCAAGCUCCUCCUGGAAGUUCUUAAACAAGGCCCUAGAAGCAAGGCAGACAAGGAAGUGGUAACACCUGAGAAUAUUAGUGCACCUCGUGAAACCUUCUUUGAUAUAUCCAAGGGCCAAAGAGCCUUUAUUGAGGCAGAGGAGGCUGAGGAACUUUUGAGGCCACUGAAGGAUCCUGGAAAUUCUUACACUAAAAUAUGCUUCAGCAACAGAAGUUUUGGUCUAGGUGCAGCCCGCGUUGCGGAGCCCAUUCUGAUUUCCCUUAAGGGUCAGCUGAAAGAUGUAGACCUGUCUGAUUUCAUUGCAGGAAGACCAGAGGCAGAAGCUCUUGAAGUCAUGAAGAUAUUCUCAGCUGCACUGGAAGGUAGCAUCUUGAAGUCUCUGAACCUUUCGGACAAUGCUUUAGGUGAGAAGGGUGUUAGGGCAUUUGGAGCACUGCUGAAAUCACAGACAUGCUUGGAGGAACUCUAUUUAAUGAAUGAUGGCAUCUCUGAGGAAGCUGCUCGAGCGGUUUGUGAGUUAAUUCCCUCCACAGAGAAAUUAAGAGUCCUUCAGUUUCACAACAACAUGACAGGAGAUGAAGGGGCGCUUGCUAUCUCUGAGGUUGUUAAGCGUUCUCCUUUGUUGGAGGACUUUCGUUGCUCUUCUACAAGAAUAUGCACUGAUGGGGGAGUUGCCUUAUCGGAAGCACUCGAGACUUGUACCCAUUUGAAGAAGCUUGACCUGCGGGACAACAUGUUUGGUGUUGAAGGUGGAUUAGGUCUUAGUAAAGCUCUUUCCAAGCAUGCAGAUUUAUCUGAGGUAUACCUGAGCUACCUGAACUUGGAAGACGAGGGUUCAAUUGCUAUCGCCAAUGUUCUCAAGGAAACAGCUCCAUCACUUGAAGUCCUGGAGAUGGCAGGAAAUGACAUAACAGCUGAAGCUGCCCCUGCAAUUGCUGCUUGUAUUGCUAUAAAGCAGCUUCUUACCAAGUUGAACUUGGCUGAGAAUGAACUAAAGGAUGAAGGUGCCAUACAGAUCAGUAAAGCAUUAGAAGCGCAUGCCCAGUUGAAGGAAGUCGAUUUGAGUGCCAACUUGAUAAGAAGGUCUGGGGCUCGGGUUUUAGCUCAGAUUGUUUUCCAGAAGCCUGAGUUUAAGUUGCUGAACAUCAAUGGGAAUUUCAUCUCUGAUGAAGGCAUUGACGAGAUCAAGGAUUUAUGCAAGAAAUAUCCCGGCAUGCUUGGGCCCUUGGAUGACAAUGACCCAGAAGGAGAACAAAAUGCUGAAGAAUCUGGAGAGGAUGAAGGUAAUGCUGGUGAACUCGAAUCAAAACUGGAGAACCUUGAGGUUGGCCAAGAGAAUUAGAGAUUCACUUGUGUAAGGUGUUUUCUCUUGGAGUCUGUACGAGUAUCCUUUUUGAAGAUUAAAAUAAUUCUAGGACACAUUUUGGAUUGAAUGUUCUCUUGAAUCUAAUAGUAUGCAUGAGCAGACCAUGGCGGUUUUUUGAGCACAAGGAUGAUAGAUGGUAUCAGUAGUGUUCCAUCUUUAUCAUUUUGGUCAUAUUAGCUUAUUUGGUGCCUUUCCUAGGUUAGUCAUCUAAUGAAUAGCAUAUCUUGUAACGGAUGCAGCUCUUAUAGUCGCCUGAGACAGUUCUCAGUUGAAAUUAAUUAUUAAUGGUCAGGUUGUUUUUCCUCCUA